UUUACAGUUUGCCUGCAAGUCUCGGUCUUUUCCUUUUAACCCGCUCUUCGGCGCCCCUGUAUUCCUCCUAGAGAUGAAACCAUCCAGCAUUUUUCUUUUUUCAUGUGGCUUAUUUCGCCGAGCAUCAUUCCUUCUAGCUCCAUGGUGCUGCGAACGGCAUAGGAUUAUCUUUUUUGAUGGCCGAGUAAUAUUCCAUUGCGUGUGCAGACCCCGUCUGCCUGAGCCGCAACUCGGUUGUGGACAUUUGGGUCGUUUCCAUCCCUUCCCUGCUGUAAACAGGGCCGCAGUAACCACCAGAGUGCAGGUUUCCUUUUGAGUUAGUAUUUUUGUUCCCUUGGGUAGAUGCCUAGUCGUGGAAUUACUGGGUCAUAGGGUAGCUCCAUUGUUAGCAACUUGAGGGCUCUCCUCACAGCUUUCCCUAGCGGUGGGACCUGUGCACUCCCACCAGCAGUACAAGAGGGGUCCUUUCCCCCCACGUCCUCGCCAGCAUGUGUUGCUGUCAGGAUUUUUUAAUAUGGACCAUUCUCACUGACGGGCCGUGGUCUCUCCUUGGGGUUUUGAUUUGCAUUUCCCUGCUUAUAAGUGAUGUUGAGCAUUUUUUCAUAUGCCUGUUGGCCAUUUGCAUUCCCUCUUUAGAGAAAUUUUUUUUUAGCUCUUCUGCCCGUUUUUUGGACUGGAUUGUUUGUUUUUGUAGAGUUGUGUGAGCUCUUUGUAGAUCUUUGAAAUCAGUCCUUUAUCAGUUGUAGGGAGUGCAAAAUUUUCCCUCAAGCAGUGGGGUGUCUCUUCAUUUUGUUUAUCGUCUCUUUUGUUGUACAGAAGCUUUUUAGUUUGAUGUAGUCCCAGCUGUUUAUCUUUCAUCUUCUUUGUUUCUGGGCAUGGGAAACUCUUGUUCUGAACUGAGAGUCCUGCGCCCAGUGACACAUGAAGUGUGGGACAGUGAGACCAUCAGGAAAACAGGAUGCACCUGGGUCAAGAUGACCAAGGAGGCGACAGCAGAUUCUGGGGACAUGAUGAAGACCAGGGCACCUAUCGUGAUGGAUUGUAAAAUGACCCCGUUCUCGCAGAUUCUUCAAAAGGGCGUCACAUUCAUUCUCAUGAAUGUAGCCACUUCUGUCCUCGUCAUAGAGAGGGAAGAUGGCGUUGAACUCUGCUGUGGUCAGCUUCGUGUCUGGGAAGGUCCAGGCUCCAGGCUGUCUCCCAGUCCUGAUUCCUCAGACCUCUGCCCUUUGGAAGAGAAACAGAUGUGACUACGUCUCCUGGAGUUUAUGCAUCGAUUCCCCCGUGAGCUCAACCCUUCAUUCCAGAUCCUGUGGCCUCCAUUUCAUGUCUCUCCAGGUGCUGAGUACUGAGAUAUGAACAUUAUGCUGCUGAAACCCUCCAAAGUUACAAAUUUGGAACAUGAGCAUGAGCAACCAGACCUCAGGCAGUGAUUUCAUCCUCUUGGAUCUGUUCCACAGCACCCCGGUGCCCUGGGUCCUCUUCACACUCACCCUGCUCGAUUUCCUGGUGGCCCUGUUCGGCAACACCAUAAUAAUCAUCCUCAUCUGGGCCGACCCUCUUCUCCACACCCCCAUGUACUUUCUGCUCAGCCAGCUGUCCCUCAUGGAUCUCCUCUACAUCUGCACAUUUGUCCCCAAAAUGGCUUUGGUCUUUCUGUCUGGGGACCACCGCAUCUCCUUCGUUGGGUGUAGCUUCCAGAUGUUCCUCUUCUAUCUCCUUGCUGGCUCAGAGUUCCUGCUGCUGGCGGUCAUGGCUUAUGACCGCUACGUGGCCAUCUGCCAGCCUCUGCGCUACCCCAUCCUCAUGCGCCCCAGGGUCUGUGUGCUCCUGGUGCUUGUGACCUGGCUGGGUUCUGUGCUCAAUGCCUUGUUUCAUACAAUCUAUACUCUGACAUUCCCUUACUGCGCCUCCAGGGAAAUCCAUCAUUUCUUCUGUGAGAUCCCAGUGCUUCUGAAAGUGGCCUGUGCUGACACUUCCCGAUAUGAAAAGAUUGUUUUUGUGUGUGCUGUGAUUUUUUUCAUCCCUCCCGUCUCAGCUAUUCUGUGCUCCUAUGGAAGGAUACUCGUCACUGUUCUGGGCAUGGGAUCAGGCCAGGCGCUCCGGAAAACCUUGGCUACUUGCUCUUCUCACAUGAUUGUGGUGUUGCUCUUCUACGGGGCUGCCAUCUUCACGUACCUUCUGCCAAAGUCCUACCACUCCCCCGAGCAGGACGAAGCAGUCUCUGUGUUCUACACCAUCAUAACACCCAUGCUCAACCCCCUCAUCUACAGCCUGCGGAACAAGGACGUCACUAGAGCAUUUAGGAAAGUUUUCAGAGUGUGAGGAAUGUGAAGUGUUUGCUCACCCAAUGCAAAUCUGCAACGGACAAAAUUUACUCUAAAAUGGAAUACAGCAUAUAUUAAUAAGGACACAUUUGUCUACAUUUAACUAUAGAAGUCAUAUUUUGAGAAAUAGAGAACACAGUGAAACAUAUACUCUUCCACCUAAUCAUAAGUAUCAUAUGGUCAUUCUUUGUACAUUCAAUCAUGUAUGCCCUGAUAGUCAUUGAUGACAUAACUAAGGAACUUGGUUAUUCAGGUAGCAUAUGAAAUAGAGUUUUUAUCCAAACAUAAUUAUAUUUGUCCCUUUUUUGGUAAAUGCAAAGCUAUUUAAAGGAGGAUCUUGACACCUUAAAUCAUUUCUCUGUAUUCUAAAUCUACCGAUGUAAUUGUAAUUGUUUCUUUGCUCGCAAGGAAAUG